AGGCAAAAUCAGUUUGAUAGUUACUCACGUUCUUGGUAGUAUGACAGUAAUCUCUCAGACACCUCAUAUCAUGUGGAACAGACAAGUAGGUGUUAAGUUUGUGUGAUACCAGGGAAAGUGUAUAGUGUAAAUUGCAGCCUGCUAUUGAGACACAUUGUUCUUGUACCAUGAGACGACUUGCUCUUCUACUGCUGCUGUUGGCACUGUUCACUGAGGUCCAAACAAAAAAAUCUAAAGAGUGUGAUGAGAUCCCAAGGCAGUGCUCUGCUACUACCAGCUGCAAUGGAUGUUGCAAGACGGUGACAUGUAAGGAUGUUCAACGUAGCUAUUGCAUUCCAGCCCCACAAGAGAAUGAGCUCUGUGACCCAGAAAGUACUUCCUGUUCAUGUGACGGCGAUUUGGUCUGCCAAGCUGAGGAUAACAAAAAACAGGAAGUCAGCCAAGAGCUAGAAAAGUAUCUGAAUGAUAUUUGUAAGUAUGAACGAGAAGGCAAAGGAGAAUGCCCGGACAGAAAAAAGCUCAAAAGGAAACACAAACGUCACUAUGCAUGUAAACAGAGAAAUGAGCAACAGGUGGCUUUAAUGACUCAAAGUUCUGAAUUGCAGUCGUGCGAUGACAAUUCUGACUGUGCAAGUGGAAACUGUUGUCUUACUGUUGAAUGCAACAUGAUUGAGAAAAAACCUAAAGUUGCUAAAGUAUCAUUUUGCCAGCCAAUACCUAGCUCUAGAGAUCCAUGCGAUUCUGGCUCCACAAUGGUGACAUGUCCUUGUGAACAAAAUCUCACAUGCUCUUCAUCAGCUACCACAAAGUAUGGAGACCACAGAAAAAAGUACUACAAAUGCCUUUGCAAACAUGAUGACUUGAACAAAUGUGAGAAAGAAAAGAAAAACAUGGCCAAAUAUGAAAGUGAUCCAGGACCAGUGUGCCUUUCUUCUGCAGCAACACCAAGUCUAUCACAAAGCAGCAUACAGUUUGUGCAACAGUGCAAUACCGAUUCUAACUGUCCAAGUGAAGACUGUUGCCUUACUACUAUUGCCUGCAAAGAGAUUACUGAUAAACCUAACAUAGAAAAUCUGCCAGUUUGCCAGCCGAUACCAAACCGUGGUGAUCCAUGUGAUUUUAGCCCAGUAAAUACAACAUGCUCUUGUCUGCCAAAUUUCAUAUGCCAUCCAUCUGGAAGCACAAGCCACAAGGACCCCAAAAAAGACAAGUACUACAAAUACGACAAAUGCCUAUGUGAACAUCGUAACAACUUCAAACAAUGCGAGAAAUACAAGAAAUACAAGACAAAAUACAAACAUUCCGUAUGUCAACCUGUGCCACCAAAAAGGUUGAAUCUGUGCAACAACCCUAGCUGUGGUUCAGGGAAUUGCUGUGCAAAUAUGACUUGCACAAAGAGACCAUAUCAGCCAACACCAGACAUUGUUGCCUUCUGUCUACCUACACCUGCUGAAAAUGAGACAUGUGAUCCUAAAGGUUGUCCAUGUGAAAAUGGCCUCACAUGUAAGACAUCUCCAAACAACCGUUCUAAUCAUAAAUACAGUCAUUACAAAGAUGACAAAAACAGCCAUCAUCAUCGCUAUCAUGGCCAUCAUCAUCGCUAUCAUGACCAUCACAAACAUAAACAUCAUAAAAAUUCUCAUGUUCACUAUGAUCACAAAGAAAGCAACGACUACCAUCAUGAUUCAAAGAAUGGAAUGAAUAACUAUGUCAAGUGCUUGUGUAAAUAUUAUUAUGAUCCUAGUCAGUGUAAGUACUCUCCACCAAACUCCAUGACAAAUAGUUACAGUCGUGACUAUCAUCACUCAACAUGUCAGCGAGUUACGACAGAAAAACCUCUAAGUCCACCAACAAGUGAGCCCACUGUACCUCCCAUUAGAACACCACGUGUUACAACUCCAACCCCUCCAAAAACACCCUCUCUAAAACCAACGACUCAAACUCCGGUGACAACACAAGAAAUAACAACUAACACUCCAGAGAUAACAAGUACAACUCCAAUGAUAACAGACACUGAAGGACCUAUAACGACAGAGACUACAACUACAGAGACUACAACUACAGAGACUACAACUACAGAGACUGUAACUACAGAGAUUACAACUACAGAGACUGCAACUACAGAGACUACAACUACAGAGCCAAGUGACACAGAAGGUAUAAUAAGAAUUCAAGAAGAGACAACACCACCAUCUAUGACAGAUGAUCUACUAAUGUCGGGUGAGACAGCAGAACCAUCUACAAUUGAAGAAUUGACCACAGACGUAGGGAAUGCUGCUACAGACAUUCCUCUAUUAGCAGGAAGUGCAACAGGGCAGACUAUUGAAUGAACACCAAAAGCAUCAGAAAAAGUGACGUUUUUUAGCACCAUCAACAAAAACAACAGCGCAUUGCUGAGUAACAUUCAUUUCUGUUUCACUCAAUAACACCAGCUAUCAUUUAGUGCAUUUAAUUAAACUGUUCACAACUGAGACAACUUGCAUAACUAGAGCAGUGCCUGAAAACAAAUUUGCCACUAAAUGUAUGGUAAUUAUAACUGGUCACGCCUCAAUUUCAUGAGUUUGGCUUUAGAGUCAUACACACUCACAGUGAGACACACACACACACACACACACACACACACACACACACACACA